AUGCACAUCACCCUCCCAGCUUUCGCGUUGGCUCUUUUGGCUCUGGGUUCAUCGGCAUCCACCUUGCCCGCCAAACGUAGCCUGCCUCAGAAGCGCGCUACACACUACGCCGAGCUCGAUCUCGUCCAAUUCGGACCAAACAGCACCGAAAUCGAGAAAAGAAAAUCAAUCAAGUACUGUUUCACUGGACCAUCUGAGUUUGCCGCGUGCAUCGCCGUCGCCGACUUCACCCAGCAGCUCGCGUUCAACAUCGCGUCGCAGUUCAAGGGCGACUCGGACAACAACGACUGCUCGGGCCACUCGGGCUCGCUCGACUCGGUCGUGUGGUACGUGUACGCGACGACGUCGGGCAGCCGGUGCGACACCACCGCCGAGCUGGGCACCUUCCAGGGCGCCAUCGAGAAGUACAUCCGCGGCGCCGGCGGCGAGAUCUGCGACGUCCACUGCAUCCGACUGACGCACGACGGCACCUUUACCGGCUGGCUGGCCCUCGCGCCGGAUGGGCAGACGCUGGAUCGAUCCGUGUGCGACGCGACGGUUUUUGAUACGGGCGCGACGUGCGAUACUGGCGGCAAGAACGAUGUUUGA